CCCUAUAACAGUUUUGUUACUAAGAAACAGUUGGAUGUGGCUAUAACCUUAAUAUAGCCUACACAUACGACGGAUAUAUUAUCUAUAUACGAUCUACAAAUACAGGAUCUCUUUUGGUAUUCCCAUAACUGGAUUGUUGAUAACUUCACUGCAUUCAAAAAGGAUGGAUAAUACAGCUGUGAGUAAAUUGGCCUUGUCAACGAUACUUUUGUCACUGGUGUUAACAAAAGUAUCAUCUCUCCCUGUAUCAUCCGCUGACUACUGUUACACUGAAAAGUGGUGUGGUCCUGAACUUUGGUAUGACACAUUUGAAGGGUGCGCACAAACUUUUGCAUUGCAACAGUCCCCGGUAGACUUGAACCCUGUGUAUAUGAUUAGAAAUAUGUCCAUGGCACCGCUUAAGUUAGAGGGCUAUGACAAACUGCAGUCAGGUUCCUGGUCUGUGAUCAACAUCAGAGACACUGUUGCUGUAAAGGUUGGUCCUGGAAUGCGGAUAAAGGGAGGGUCGCUUCCAGAUAUGUAUGAAACCUUAUAUAUCGCCUUCCACUGGGGAAGUGCAAAGUCAAAUGGCUCAGAGCACACUUAUAAUCAAAGGAGAUACCCUAUGGAGAUGCAGAUCUUCCACGCUGUGAGCCCUUUCACAGAUGUGAGGACUGUAAUCAUGGAAGUGCCUCAAGCAGUGGCCGUCUUGUGCGUUUUCAUUGAUAUUGGUCCUGAGGACAACCCUGUCUUUGAGGCCAUCUCUGGGGCUAUACCCUCCAUACCUCUUCCAGGGGAUAAAAAGAGCAUACCUCCAUUUGUCCUCCGUAACCUACUGCCAGAUGACACCUCCAAGUUCUACCGAUAUCCAGGAAGCCUUCAUUUCCCGCCUUGCUUCUAUGGGGUUGAGUAUGCUGUGUUUGAAGAUCCCAUCUAUAUUAGCCAAAAACAGUACAAUCACUUUUUCACAGGGGUGUACUAUCACGAACCAGAAUCCCCUAAGAAGAUGUUGCUCCACGACAACUACCGCCACAUCCACCCCCUAUUUGACCGGUCUAUUUCAACCAGCCCCAACGCCACCAUCCCCAAACGCUCCUCUGGCAGUGCCCUGGCCGCCAGCCUCCUCGCUGUCCUCGUGGCCAGUCUAGUGUCCGUCCUGCUGGCGAGGGUGGCGUGAAGCUCGGCCUCCUCCAAACCCACAGGCACCCCCUUGCGUCGUGUCAUUAUUAAAACACACCGAAAGCAUUCACUUUA